GUAUUGCACGCAUUAAAUUGCUUUUCAUUUCCGCGCUGUGACAGUCCUGCGAUUGGGGGAUUUAUGCAUUUUUACGAGUUAUUUGGGCCGUCAUACUAUGGUAAUUGUUUCAUAAUACGUCCAUCGCUGUAGGGGAUGCGCUGGUUUGCACCAACCAAGAUCAAGUUCCACUAGUUGAAACGUCGGUGGGAAGAUACAGCUUGUGUGCAUAGGAUUUCUUAUGAGCAAUGGAAGGCUGGAAAAAGGGGAUCGGAUUCUCGCAUCCACGGCUGCUGGAGGAACAUAUCCACUGAUCUGCGGUCGAUUUGAACGCUGUGGCAACUGAAAUAAAGAGACCUUGGGCAGAUCUAUACACAAACUGGUACAAGCCGCACCACUGGCAGCAGACAAGGGGAUUCGUGCCUCUCCUCCGCUUCUUCAGUGCGCAUGGAUGAAAGUCACAGUUAAAAUGCAUGCGGCAAGUCUUGUCUGAUGUGGGAUUACCGAGUUUUUAUUCGACCCCUUUUCUUUUACAUGUUCGAACUUUGGUUGUGGCUCUUUUUCCGAGAUGAUACAGCUAAUCUCAGUGGCUGCUGGAAGAAUACAGGAGCCCGUUUCGCCGCUCGGGCUGUCACGUUAUUGGCCUGAAUGAGACUGUGUUCUUCGAAGCCCGGUUUAUGGAGCUAAACACCGAGGAGACUUGACUUUAAGUAUUUUUGUUUUCAACAGCAGACGGAGGGCGGGCGGUUAAAUCACUGAAUUCCAUGUUUUCACUGAGCUUGGAGGAAAAAAACCGGGGCACAGACGUGAUUGUCGGGAUGCUUUGGCGUUUACCGGGAUCAGCACGAUGACACCUCAUACUGGUACCGAACUUGAGUGAGCUGGGGCAUCCUCUCCCAGGAAAAAUGCAUAUCUGGAUCCUAAAAAUAAUCCUUCUGAUUGCAUCAUCUCUGAGGCUGAUCGAGAUGUAUGACAAUUAUGGGGAGAUCUGUCGAAACCUGUGUACGUGCGAGGAGAAGGAAGCGAUCCUGACGGUGAGCUGCGAGAACCGGGGCAUCGUCAGACUGACGGAGAUCAGCCCGGUCCAGUUCUCCAUGUACCACCUCCUGCUCACAGGGAACCUCCUGAAGAAGCUGUCUCUCAAUGAUUUCAUCAAUUACACAGGAGUGACCAUCCUGCACUUGGGGAACAAUGAUAUCUCCGAGGUAGAGUCGGGUGCCUUUAAUGGACUCCAGGGAUUAAAAAGGUUGCACCUGAACAACAACAAGAUUGAAUCCCUGAGGGAUGACACCCUUGCAGGACUUGAGAGUUUGGAAUACCUUCAGAUUGAUUAUAAUUACAUUACCAAUAUAGACACUAAUGCCUUGAGCAAGCUACACCAACUGACAGUGAUGAUAUUGAACGACAACAUGCUCUCUACCCUUCCCACCAAUAUCUUUCGGAAUGUCCCCCUCACGCACUUGGAUCUAAGGGGGAACCGGUUAAAAAUGUUCCCCUACAUCGGCCUCUUGGAGCACAUGGACAAAGUUGUGGAAUUACAGCUAGAGGAGAAUCCGUGGAAUUGCUCCUGCGAGCUGAUUGCUCUGAAGGCUUGGCUGGAGAGUAUAGCCUACACGGCUCUGGUGGGGGAAGUGGUGUGCGAGACGCCAUUCAGGCUCCAUGGUAGGGACCUAGAUGAGGUAUCCAAGCAGGAACUCUGCCCAAGAAGACCCCUAGAAGACUCGGUCAGGCCUGCACCUCCUAGCAGCACCAAUGGAUAUUACCAGACCACACCUGCUGCCGUCACAUCCUCCGCCACCUCCUCUGCUGUUUUUAGGUCCUCCUCUAGGCCUACCAAGGGCACGCGGCCAUUCAACAGAACUAGGUUAAAGCCCACAUCCAGAAUCCCAGGCGGUAACCCUUACAACUAUGGCCCCAUCAUCGCUUUUCAGACCAAAUCUCCUGUGCCUUUGGACUGUCCAGCUGCCUGCACAUGCAACCUGCAGAUAUCUGAGAUUGGGCUAAAUGUCAACUGCCAAGAGAGAAAGAUUGAAAGCAUUUCUGAUCUAAAACCCAAGCCAUACAAUCCUAAAAAAAUGUAUCUCACUGGAAAUUACAUCCCUGUGGUACGGAGAUCAGAUUUUGUGGAUGCAGUUGGAUUGGAUUUGCUUCACCUGGGAAACAACAGGAUAAGUCUCAUCCACGACCGGGCUUUUGGGGAUUUAACCAACCUACGUAGGCUGUAUUUAAAUGGUAAUCUCAUGGACAGGCUUACAGGAGAAAUUUUUUUUGGUUUGCAGAACUUGCAGUUUCUUUAUUUAGAGUACAACAAAAUCAAGGAGGUUGAUGCCGGUACUUUCCGCUACCUCCCUAAUCUCCAGCUGCUUUUCCUCAACAACAACCUCCUGAAAACCUUACCUGUGGACAUUUUUUCCACCCUCUCCCUGUCAAGGCUUAAUCUGCGCAACAACCAUUUCCAAAACCUGCCUGUGAGUGGUGUUUUAGACCAGCUGAAGCUGCUUCUUCAGAUAGAUUUGUUUGAAAACCCCUGGGACUGCUCUUGUGACAUAGUGGGGAUGAAGAUAUGGCUGGAGCAGCUCAGCGCAGGCACUGUGGUUAAUGAGGUCGUGUGUGAAACACCAAGGCGCCACACAGGAGUGGACGUGUGCUCCAUUCAAUCAGAGCACCUGUGCCCAGACUACUCUGACGUGAACACCUUGCCAACACAGCCUACGGAAGAGCCCAUGGAUGACCGAGUGGUAACUACAGACGCCCCGCAGAAGUUCAACACCCCCAGCAGCACCGUGCCCCUCUCCGUCCUCAUCCUCAGUCUCCUGCUUGUUUUCAUCAUGUCGGUCUUUGUGGCCGCGGGGCUGUUUGUUGUGGUCAUGAAAAAGCGUAAAAAGUCGCAGAGUGACCGCACGAGCACCAACAACUCUGACGUCAGCUCGUUUAACUUGCAGUACAGCCUCUACAGCAACCGCUCCGGGCCCAAAGUAAAGGCCCCAGUGGGACACGUUUAUGAGUAUAUCCCACACCCCAUGGGACACAUGUGCAAAAACCCCAUUUACAGGUCGCGGGAAGGCAACACAGUGGAGGAUUACCGUGACCUCCAUGAGCUCAAGGUCACAUACAGGAGUACCCCGGAUGAUGAGAGGGAUAGCAGUACAAUGAGGAGCCCUGCGUACAGCGUAAGCACCAUCGAGCCCCGUGAAAACCCCUCCCCUGUCCCGGAUGCUGACCAUUUCUUCAGAGGCAUCCUUGAGCAUGAUAAGCAGCCUCCCCCCCACCCUUCUAUCCAGUCCAUCCCAGCAGGUGCAAAUUUAGAGUACAAGUACACAGGGCCUGUGUCGUACACGUACAACCCCAAUUUUGAUGUCAGACGUCAGUUUUUGCACCCGGAGAGGAUAAGAGAAACAGUGCUCUACGGCACGGCACCCAGUACUGUUUAUGUCGAGCCAAACAGAAAUGAGUACUUGGAGCUAAAAGCGAAAUUGCAGUCUGAGCCCGAUUACCUCGAAGUUCUUGAGAAACAGACCACCUUUAGCCAGUUCUGAGCAACAGAAUCAUUAAUGUAAUGAAGCAUUUUCUCUCUUGCCCCCUCUUGAAACAGUGGCUCAGUUUAUAGGGUGCCUUGGCACAACACACACACACACACAAGCAAAAGCGAUGGAGUUUAAAAUGGGGUGUGCCGAACAAUCUUAUUGUUAUUUCUGAAACAUGACUUUACAGGAAUGGAUACAGCUUUCUGAAACAUGGAUGAACAAAAUUGCUCUGCUUAACUGAUGAUGCUAAAUCUAUUUUUCUAUGGUGAAGAUCGAAUAACACACACAAUGUAAGUGUACAGGUCAAUCUUACCCAACUUCAUUUUCAGGAAUAUAACCAUACAUAAGGUAUAUUGUGAAUCAGAAAAGAAAUGUUUAUAAAAAUCACUCCUGGACAAAAACACUGUACAGCAGAUCCUCAAAACUGUGUAGGACUAUUUUCUGCUAUAGUCUGUAAGUAAGUAUUUAUUGAUAUAAUCUGCCAUGUCUUUUCAAAACUUUUGAUUCUACAUCAAUAUUACCUGUGUCAUCAUACUCCAUGAUCCUCUGGAAAGGCUUAUGUUUGUAGUUUCAUUUACUGUAGCUCUGCAUUGUAAAAGUGGCUUUUUUUGAAAGUGGCACACCCCCAAUGUUCAAAGAAGACUGCGUCAUUUGAAGAAGAUGAAGAAAAAAAAGUGUCUUUGUAUGCUUUCUGCACUUUUUGGAAUUGGAAGGCUGGUUAGCCUUCAAUGAGCUCUCAUAAAGGAGAUUAUUAUAUUAAAAAUGAAUAUGGGUAUUCAUUCUUAAUAUGUAGAAUUGAUAUGUUAUCAAAACGAAAAAUUCAUAAAUGAUAUUUGAAGUAAUAAUUCUGUUGUGUAAUACUGAUAUUUUACUCAAUGUAACACCUAUUUUUAUACAAGCGUCCGCAGAUUCUCUAUUCCUUAUCAACUCCAUUUGUUUUGAUUGCUUUGCACUUAUUGCACUAUAUUGACCAAACUAUGUUAUUGUCAUCAAAUAAACAUGAUGUCAGGUUCAUAUAAUGUGCUUAUGAGGAAACUAAGCCUGUUUAGUCAUAAUAUAAAACAAUACUUUGGGAGAAAACACAUUUUCAGAUUAAGAUGACAUUAAGAAAACAGUGUGACUUGAAAAUGAGUGGGCAAAAAUACAUUUUAUUUAGAAAGCAAACGGCAAUACAUUGGCGGUGGACUCAAAGCAGAUACAGUAUACACUGUAAGCCUCACUCAAAGAGCAUCCAGGCCAGGAUUAGAAUCAAUGGGUUUUAAUCAAUGAGCAUUAUCCGUGGCAACCCCUUUGCAAUCAUACCAUGACAACAGCAUCCACAUUGCAGCCAGGCAAGCGAUAAUUUGAUAAUUUAUAUCAUUAAAGUUCACCUGAUAUCAAAUUAUAUUUAAGCAAUCAAAGGGUAUAAUCUUCGACACUCAUUAAAAGCUGCUGGAUUAAGGGUUGGGUGUCAACCAUCUCUCUUUGGUUUUAAUUCGUGAACAUCUUUUAGAUACAUGUUGUAACUAAGGAAAAGGAUCUUCACAGAAUGUGUGGUAAAAGCUGCUUUUUUGUAAAACAAUUUUGUAACUGAAAAUCACAUUAACCAUCCCUUUUUCUUGUCAAAAAUGUGGUUUUAUUUUCAAAUGUAUUAAUAGUUUUCAUUAUUUAAUAGAAGAUAAAAAAGUGUUUGAGGGAAAUAACAGAAACCUCCUUUCUCCCAGCUGGCUCGUGGGGCGCGUGGGUGUCUAUGUUUGAUUGACAGCAGUGUUGCACCUUAGAGAGCCACAGCCAGAGUAACCAAAACAUGCUGUUUAAUGUGCUGCAGCUGAUCGGUUAAUGAGCUCUCUCGCCCAGUUAAUGUUUGUUUGGCGGCUCAUUCUACAAGCUAAGUGCAGGACUUGAGGUGUUUGGAUAAGAAGGAGGAUUUAGCAGGAAAGCUAAUGUGGGUUUUUUGUUGCCUGUCGCUCGUGCGUUGCGCAACCAUCUGCUCUGCAGGAUUUGAUUGGCUGCGUCGAAAUGAGGUCUACGCAGACACACAGAAUAUUGGGUCAAAGAAAACAAAACAAGAAGUGGCCGUCCCAUUUAUUCUAUUUUCUGUAGCAAACAUGAUGCAAUUUAAUUUCCGUUGGACUUUAAGUUGACCCACUUAAAUUCAAUAUGCAAAUAAGGUCUAUAAAAACACAAAGGGUGCACUGUGCCACCAUUUAGGUAUUGCAUUUGUGUAUGUUCCCUUAAAGAGACAGGCAUACCAGUGUUAAUAUAUCCCCUUUUCCUCAUUCAGAACAGAUUAUUGUGAAUUUAGGAUCAGAUGUGCUAUUAUUUUUCACUUAAUAGCAUCUAGGUGCCAGCUGCCUUUUUUUUCUAUUACAAAAAAAGCAAAGAAAAAAGGAAACUGAGGUCCUGCUUUUGUUGGAUCUUUUCACAGAAGCCCAGAAUGAGAACAGAAGGCACCAUUUGGGAGAUGAGGAGUCCUGGAACCGAGUGUAACUGUGGAUGUGUCAUACAUGUAGCGAGGGAUGUGAAUCAUAGCCAAGUGUGCAGUCGCCCAGUAUUGGUGGCCUAUUGGAUGGCGCAGUGUUGACGGUUUUCUGACACAUAUUUGUGUUGUUUUGAGGGGAACCAAAACUCAACAAUUAAUUACUGAGGUGCAACAAAUAACGGAUAAUUAACAAACCUGAUCUGUGGAAGGAAAAAGUAUUUAAAUCAGUAAUCUAUUCUCACAUUUUAAAGGAAGAUUUGUCUCAGAAUGAGUACAAUUACAUAAUCACUGAGUCAUGCAUUCCAAAUGGGCUUGUGUUACUGUGUCUGUGUACGUACUUUCUUCCCACCCAAAUUUGUCAGUGUGGAUGUGUAUCAGUGUUCUGACCCAGCACACUGUCCCAGAGUAAUGGCUGCAUGAAGCAAUCCACUGCAGGAGUGUGUGUGUGUGCCAGUUGAAAUAAUGCUUUUAAUCAGCCAAUGGGCUCUUUAGGUCUUAGCACAAAUGGAAGCAUCAAGGAAGGGCAAAGAGUUUAUUAUGCCUCUGUGGAUUAUUUAAUGUACAGCCUUUCAUGGGAUGUGUGUGCCUGUGCAACUCUCACUCUCGCUUCCUGGAAAAAGAGUGCUCCAGAUCUGUAUUCUAAAAAAAUAAAAGGGAAGAGGUUAUAGGAGGAAAUAUCUCUGCAUGUGUUGCCUCAUGCUUCACAAAAAGCCCCCCUGAUUUAUGGCUGAAGCUAUUGUGUGGAAUCUGAUGAGGGGCUGAUGCAAGGCGAGGCAUGAUGGAGGUGCAGAUCACCGCUCGAUGCGAGGAAAGUUGAGAAAGUUACUUCUUGGCUCGGAGCUUAGAAAAGCGCAACACAUUUUCAUAUUUCUGUCAUAUGAAGCGCUGGGAGGGACAGCGAUGGGCAGCGUGUGUUCCAGUGUUCUCCUACACUCUCUGCUUUCGCACCAUUUGAGACUUAAUCAAUGGGGAAUUGUACAACGCGUGAAAUCUGUCCAACUGCACCAAUUGUUGGCUCCUCACUCGGCUAUUUUCACUGCACUGAUUUAAACUGGGAGGCAACCAUUUUCUGUGCUGAAAAUACCAGGCAAAUUAAACAUUUAGCUAGAUUGGAUUUGGCUGUUAUUUGCUCAAAAUCGUAUUGUAUCUCUCAUGAGUUGGUGCUGGCAGAACAUUUUGUUUAUGGUAAAUAAAAACAGCUUGAGGCUGAAUGCGCACAGGGCUGGAUUACGCUGCUGAGGUUUGGUAUUGUGUAUGCACCAUGUCAUACAAACUAAAAUAUUAAAAGGCAUUUCAUUAGAUCUUACAGCCCAUGGAUAAGACUAGGCUUCAAGAUUGGGUGGUGCAACCGUAAGGCAAUUUCUCUUUUGGUUAUAUUGUGAUUCGGUGGUGUACAAUUCCAAAUAAAUUUGCAAUUCAUAAAAUGACCACAAAGUUAUUGCAAAACAGUCCGCCUAAGGGUCUGGAUCUUUGCAGUUUAUAAUCCAGCCUUGCAAGGUUUGAAAAGAUAUGUGCUUUUAUGUAAAAUAGCAAGAAAUAAGCAAGGGUCUGGCAUGCAUAAUCUCCCAAAAAAUACUGUGUUAUUUAUUCGUUAUUUUAUUUUUAUGGGUAUGUUUGAUUUGUUGAUCAAGAAAAUGAGCAGUACAGAUAAAGGACUGAUUUAACAUUACAGUACAGUGUGUCGAAAGAGCCAAAACAAUUUGUUUCUCCCUUUGAUUGGUCGAAAAUCAAUUAUCUGUUUUUAAGAAUGAAUUUAAGGGUGUUUUUCAAACAUGUCAAACAUUUUCUGCUUGCAGCUUUUGAAAUGUGAGGAUUUGCUGCUUCUUCUUCUUCUAAUAUGAUGAUAGUAGGCUAUGUUUUAAGACAAGACUAAAAUAAAUAGAAAUCUGCAUAUUAA